AUAGAUAGAUAGAUAGGUAAGGCCUUUCUGCAUAUAGAGAUAGUCUUACUAAGAUGAAGAGCUGCAAUGAAUGGAAACCUUUUUUUGCUAUGAUAUCAAUUGAAUUUGCCUUUUCCAUUAUGAAUAUUCUUCUUAAGAAAGUCCUUGACCAAGGGAUGAACGAUUUGGUUUUUAUCACAUACCGCCUCUCCAUCUCUACCAUUUUCUUAGCUCCAAUCGGAUACUUUUGGGAAAGGAACAACAGACCUAAGCUCACACUUCGCAUCUUGUGUUACCUAUUCUUCAGUGCAAUUCUGGGGAGUUCAUUGACCCAAUACUUUUUCCUUCUUGGAAUUCAAUACACAUCUGCAACAAUUGCAUGUGCCUUCAUCAACGUGGUUCCUGUACUCACAUUUCUAGUGGCACUACCAUUUCGGUUAGAGAGUGUGAACAUAAAACACAACAGUGGAAGAGCCAAAGUAGUUGGUACUCUGGUGUGCAUUGCCGGGGCUAUGAUGUUGACUCUCUACAGAGGAAUGCCUUUGCUUAACCAUUCACACAUGCAAGCUGAAACUUCAACCAUGGAUGGUGUUAAGGAGAUGCACUCUACCAGGAGAACUGAGAGAUGGACUCUUGGUAUGAUAGCUUUGACCGUAGGAACCAUCUUAUGGUCUUCUUGGUUUCUUAUUCAAACAAAUAUAAGCAAGAGAUAUCCCUGCCAAUAUUCAAGCACUGCCAUCAUGUCCUUCUUCGGUGCUAUUCAGUCAGCCAUCUUGUGUUUGACAACAAGUAGGAACCUUUCCAUGUGGAUUCUCAAAGGAAAUAUAGAAAUUAUAACAAUCCUCUAUGCUGUAAGUGAUCCCUUCUGCAUGUCAUAUUGCAAUAUAAUCAGAAUAUGCCUUCUUCUUCUUCUUCUUCUUCUUCUUCUUCUUCUUCUUCCACUCUCUUAGUGGCCAAUAGUUUUUAGA